AACACACCAGUAUAGGCACCAAUUGGUCGCCAUGGCGGACAUCUUUUCUCUCUUCACCUCUCUCCGGUAUGAUCCGGGUCUAUUAGAAGUUCCUUCCAAAGGCAUCGACUACGCCGGGUGGAAUGCCGCCAAUAAGUCGCCCUUUUACAUGCUCGACUAUCAUCGCGAUCGCAUGCUACGAGCAGCGACCCAUUGGAAGUGGGAUGAAGCCAUCAAUGUUCUCUCGGGCCAGAAAGGCUUGGACACCUUAACAAAGCUUGCCGGGGAAUUCAUUGGCCCAUCCCAGGAAACUGCGCUGCGCUUCAAAAUCCUCGUCAGUCGCGACGGCCUGGUGAGCUUUGAGAAGAACAACGUCGCUCCUGUUCCCACAGAAAAUCUGUUCCCCUUGCGAUUGCCACAACCUGGAGCUCCAUCCACCUCCGGAGAGGCCAAGAAAACCCCAUGCUGGACAGUGGCACCUGAUGAUCUCCAGACCACGGCAUCAGAGUACACGCAUUUCAAGACCACCAAGAGAGAAAUGUACGACUCUGCCCGCGAGAGGCUUGCAAUCGCUCCGACUGAUGAGCGAGAAGUAUUACUAGUCAACAAACACGACGGAUCCGUCAUGGAAGGUAGCUUAUUCACGCCGUAUUUCUGGAGAGAUGGACGAUGGGUCACUCCGCCCGUCCAUUUGAGCACUGGAAGUGGUGGCCAAGAUGGCGUAUCUCGACGGUGGGCCUUGGAAAGAGGAGUGGCUGUCGAGCAGGCUGUACCGGCAGACUCGCUCACAGACGGCGAAGAGUGCUGGAUCAGUAACGGCGUGAGAGGAUUCAUCGCGGCCGUUGUCCGGCUCCAGCAGUAAUUGGGCAUGGCCACGGUGCAACACAUCACCGAGUUCAAAAGGAGGAAGCUGAAGCGAAAUAGCUACCAGACGUGCUCUACGGGAUGGGUGCCAGCUGAUUCGCUCAGGAAGGGCAUCCAGGGUAUGGCGAUGCAUUAGUAGUGCCAUCAGGCUGCAUGUGUACGGCUAUAAUUGGACAUCCAUGAGCCCUAUAAAUCUAUACAGGCAAAUCACAGGGCCAAAAAAUGUUUGUCAUGCAGCUAAGAGAGAUUUCUCAAUCUCGGCUGCUGGUUUAGUU